GUCUCAAUCCUGUUUCUAGUGUUUCAACCGCCAAUCGUCAAUGGUAUUUAACGUUCAUAACAAAUAUAGGAAGUAAGGAUCAACCUAUUGUUUAUGAUCUAAGUGUUACAUCUUUUGAAAUUCAGAUGCUCUAAUCCACUAUGUGAAUCAUCUUUACCUACUACUUACCAAGCAAGGUGUUCAAACCUCUCAAUAAUAAUGUCGAUGUUUAGUAGAAGCUAUAGGUUUUAUGCAGCAUAUCAUUCCAAUCUCGUCAAUGUUAGAAUCCACCAAGUGUGUAUUCCAUUACUUUUGUGCUCAGCUUUAACUUUACUCUCCAAUUUCAAUGUAACGUUGGUCAAUUCUCCUUUCCAUGUGAACUUGGCUGUUUUAGUUGGUAUCAUAUACCAAGGCUUCUAUCUGUCCGUUGAUUUUGUAGAUGGCUUGCUUUAUGCUCCAGUUCUCUAUAUAUUCUCAAUAUCGUUGCCAAAAUUGUUAUUUCGAAAUUGGUCUCAAUCAACAGUCAAUACAACUGCUAUCCUAUUACAUAUUGUAAGUUGGAUUUUACAAUUUAUCGGCCAUGGUGUUUUUGAGAAAAAGAGGCCUGCUCUUCUUGAUAAUUUAUUCCAGUCUAUUUUCUUUGCACCCUUGUUCGCAUUUCUGGAAACGAGUCCUGUUUUUGGGUAUCAUCCUGCCGUUACUAAGAACAUUCGUGUUGCUUCUAGGAUUCAACAGAAAGAAGAGAUUGAAGGAUCUAGAAAGACAGUUAAAUCGGAGUGUUUGUUUGAUGAGUUUCUGCUGAAAGAUCCCGCAACAGAAGUUUUGAAUGGGCGCACAGAUAUUACGGUCCGCCCUCUAUAUCUUAGUGAUAUUAAUACAGAGUAUCUGGAUCUACUCGAUGUCUUGGUAGCAAGUACCGUUCACCCAACUUUGGCUUCUUAUCAAAAGCGUUUUAUGGAUUUAAAACAAAAUUUCCCAGACACUUAUUAUACUAUAGUUGUCGAAGACAAAGAAAGCCAUAAAGUAGUUGGAACAGCUACACUUUUUGUGGAAAGAAAGUUUAUACGUGGUAAUGGAAAUUGCGGACAUAUCGAAGACGUUGUCGUCCAUCCUGAGUUUCAGAAACGCUCUAUUGGCAAGCUUCUGAUUCAAGCCCUUACGAAACUGGCUUUCAAGGUGAAUUGCUACAAGGUAAUUCUUGAUUGUUCCGACACUAAUGUAAAAUUUUACGAAAAGUGUGGCCUGCAUCGCGCAGGCGCGGAGAUGAAGAUAUAUAAUGACUUCCUAAAAUAAAACAAGUAAUGAUUAUUUAAAAAUCCCCCAAAAAGGAUUUAUUUUGCAUCCG